UUGACUAGUUAUUUCUAUGGCUUACGAAUAUUUGAAAUUUCCAACGUUGGGCACCUUGAGGCUUUAUAUAUAUCACAAUAUUUCCAUGGGCAAAUUGCGGUCCAAAGGAGAGACACAUCAUCCAAUGAGGCUAUUGCCAGAUAGCACAAUACAUAUUCGGGUUAUCAUCUACUACGGAAGGUUUUUAUUUAUUUCUCUGAGGUGGUUAUUAUUUUCUCUGCCGCAAGCUCUAUAAUUGCCUGAGUGAUCCAUGAAGGAUGAGGUUAGUUUUUGUCUCCGGGUUCACGGUGCUCCAGGCAUUGCUUCAACGUUGAUUCACGGCCCAGUCAGCAAUGCUUUACCAGAAAGCCUUGCGUGAUAGUUCUAACCCUAUGUUGAGCAUGGUUGGAAAGAUCCAGAAGGUGAACCCACCGGUUUACCUUCGCUCCAUUCCGAUUCCUACGGGGAUGUGCGCACUAAAAGCUAUCUUGACGCAUAUUCGAGAAAGUUUCUACGUUUGACCAGCAAACCCCACAGACUCCACCUGGGUGUCCUCAAACACGGAGUAACUAGUUCAACUACCCUGGAGAUCCGCAGCUGAGAUCCGUCCAUUCGACUACUAUUCAUGUCUGAGACUCACCGCGGGAAUGACAAGCACAAGGGAAACCACGGUGUUCAGACACGCCACCUAACCAUCUGAUUCACCGGUUCUGCUUCAUACACAUGCUAAAAUCCAGCAAGUGGGAUCAUACGGCAACAUUGUGAACCACGCAUGCAAGAUGAAUCAACCCCUUUUGCGAUAAGCGCCCGGUUAUUGCUACGUACAGAACGAUGGCAAUUGCCCUUAAGUCAAUUUCCGUCAUGUCCCCUGCUGCUAGUCAACAUGAUAUGUUAUUUCGCAAGGUUUAUUGCUAGGGGUUACGGACCCGCGUUGGUGAAGUCACCGCGGAGUGGAGCUCUAGAUUCCGCCGCACUGAGCACGUUCUGGGGAUUCCCUCAAUAGUCUGCAUCACCAGGAGGCAGGAGGAAACCCCGGGAAAAUCAAUCAUCGGCGCUUUCGGUUUCGACCCCAACAACAAUUAUGGUUCUGGAAACUUUUCCAUGACCAGUGGGAUUGUAUGAACUCAGCUGCGGUAUGCUUUGCAAUCGUAUUUUAUAGACAUUGAGACAGAGAGGGAGCAACUUUCGGGAGAAAAAACGUCAAAACUGGAUGUGUGAAGCGCCGAAACUCCAUGGAUUUGGCCUAAUUGGCGGUGCUCCUGGCCAAUAAUGGAAUCCCUUUCGUCCCCAGCAGCCCCCGUAUGCUGGCUGCGGUUGAGCUUAAUCCCAGCCCAGGCGAAAAUCUGUCUAGCUUAGUUAUUCUAACCCGACUUUGGACGGCAAACGAUUACGGGGAGAGAGCUGCAGAAGAAAUGUCAUCUCCUGGUUCUCAUCCUCAUCUCACCGCCCACACGAAAAAUCGCAGAACCGACUGCUCUGCUUUUAACUAGUUUCCUGCUGUAUCACUGCGCGAGCAACAUCUUUCCCUAGCUGCUUGAGGACUACCUACUUCCAACUUAGAUGAUUAUUUCCCCUUCCAAAAGAUGGGCUCAUCCCAGCCCCACCACAAGUUACAAAGUUACAAGGUUACAACUCCAGCAUUUGGAUGAUUUAAGCCCCAACUGCUGGGCUGCCAAGGCGCUAAAUGAGCUUAUCUCCACCAUAUCAAACCUUAAGUGGCAUGGGGCAGAGGAGCAACCAGGCUGGAGGGUGCUUGUGAAGUGGUGAGCUUGUUGUGAGUUGAAGUCGCGAGCCGGAGGGAGAUAGCUGUUGCGUGAUCACACAUUGUACGACCAUGUUGGAGUGCGAUUCGAGUCAAUAAAGCGACGGGCAACAGCAGGGCCUCGGUUGCCACUUGCCCCUGUGAACCCCCCCACCGUAUGUUUUGCUCUAGGGAACCCCACGGGGUACUCGAGCUUGACAAAAUCUGAUCUAGAAUCUAUGGCGGUUUACCUAUAUAACGUGGGGUGGCCUGGAUGUUCAGCGUUGUCGCCCGCAAAACAGUUUUCAAAUUACCUUUUUGCCUGCUUUGAGCAAUCCUCCAACAUGAUUGACGAAAAGAAGUCCCUCUCUGAGGCGGAGGGCGCUGCCGGCCUUCCAGACUUCAGCCAUAUCGAUGAGAAGAAGGUUUUACGGAAAAUGGACCUCCGGUUAAUUCCAAUCAUGUCGCUUCUUUAUUUACUUGCUUUCCUUGACCGGGGCAAUAUUGGCAACGCAAAGAUCGAGGGAUUGGAGGCGGAUCUUGGUUUGUCUGGUUCACAGUACAACUGGUGCCUGACGGUCUUCUUUUUCCCUUAUGCGUUCUUUGAGCUUCCGUCAAAUCUUGUUUUGAGCAAGAUGCGGCCCUCGAUUUGGUUUCCAUUGAUUAUGGUCGCGUGGGGGCUUGUAAUGACCCUGAUGGGAAUUGUUCACAACUAUACUGACCUUCUAAUCGCUCGCAUAUUCCUCGGUCUUGCUGAAGCUGGUCUUUACCCGGGCGUCGCUUUUUACAUUACGAAAUGGUAUUGUCGACAUGAAGCUCAGCUCCGGCAAGCUUUAUUCUUCAGCGCGGCUAGCGUAGCUGGCGCGUUCUCUGGCUUGCUAGCUUUCGCAAUUGCCAAAAUGGAUGGUAUUGCUGGACUAGAAGGCUGGAGGUGGAUUUUCAUCCUAGAAGGCAUUCUCACAGUAGUCGUCGCUGUUUUAGCCUUCUUCGCCAUUCACGACUAUCCAGAAACCGCCAAAUUUUUAACUGAGGAGGAAAGAGACUGGGUUAUCCAUAGGUUGCGGUAUCAGUAUUCUGAUAACGCCGUGGACAAGGGAAAAUUCCAAUGGAAAUAUGUCAAAGAUGCCUUGUUGGAUUGGCAAGUGUACCUUGCCCUAAUCACCUGGUACGGAAUCGUGUGCCCACUGUACGGCAUUUCCUUCUUCCUGCCGACAAUCAUUAAGGACUUGGGUUAUACUUCCUCAACGGCGCAGCUUCUGACUAUCCCCAUCUACAUCGUCGCUGCAUUAAUCGCUGUUCUAUCCGCGUGGCUGUCUGAUAGACAGGGUCAACGCUCACGCUUGCUUUUCUUCCACUUGCUAUGCAUUGCUGCGGGUUACAUAGUAGUUAUUGCUGCUUCAGGAAGAGGUGUCCCGGGUGUUGUAUAUUUCGGGACAUUUGUGCUCGUAUCGGGAAUAUAUCCCGCUCUUCCUGGAACUGUAACAUGGUUGAGCAACAACUUGGCUGGUGACUAUAAACGAGCGUCUGGUAUGGCGAUACAGAUUGGUAUUGGAAACUUUGCUGGAGCAAUGGCUUCCAACUUCUACCGAGCUCAAGACGCCCCAACAUAUUAUCUUGGCCACGGUGUAGAGCUUGGAUUCGCAGUUUUCGGCCUCCUCGCCGUCAUUGUCCUCCGAGUUGCCUACCAGAGAAUCAACAAGAAGAGGGAAGCGCUAGCGCUCAAGCACAACUAUACGCCCGAGGAGCUGAGUAAAAUGGGAGAUCGGGCGCCAACUUUCAAGUAUAUGUUAUAGAGAGUUUGCGAUUUUUCUUAUUUCCUCGGUUUUCCUCUUUUUCGUUUCCUCACUUCAACAUGCAAGGUCUUGCAGGGUUACGGAAUUUACCAAAGUAGUUAAUAUACACGAUAUUGGAUUUUUGGAUAGAGGUGUUUUUGUGACGACUUGAGGCUAUUUUGCACGAUUGACGAUUAGAACAGAGCUUGAUGCCAUAGAAAUAGAUAGAUUUGGUUUUAUUCAAUUACUUAUUCAAAUGAUAUUCAACGCGGGCUACUCCCUAACUCGUUCCAAUCCAGCUUCGUCAAUCCUAGAGUAUCCAUAUCCUGU